AUGUCUAAGUACGAUUACCGGAAGCCAUUGAUAAUUGCACUGGCAGGGGCAACGGUGCUGUCCGUAGCGUUUUACGCGUACACUUAUACCACCACCAAACCACAUGUUGAAUCGACCCAGUCGCCGACUCUACAUCGCAGCAAUGCUGUCCGCCGACCCCGACAUCGACGUCGCUGGCGCCCCGGAUUUGCACCUAGACCUCUCAAUUACGAUCCCGCCCAACGAGCUGUUGACAACCUGGGACACCGCAAUCAUACGGGUGAAGGGUAUGGAGAGUACCGCAAUAACUGGUUCUUCUCAGAAACUACGGAUACGGAAGGGAGUAAUUUGACUCUGCUGCCAUGCAAUCUACGGACUAUUUACGAACAUCUCAUGCGACAUUCUCCGGAGCCUCUGUCUGCAUACCAAGAAGACUGCUUGAGACUUCACGUCCACGGCAUCUUCACCCAAAACUUCCUGCGUGAAGAAUUUCCAGAAGGAUAUAUCAUAGGUGAAGAUGCCUACAUUGUCGCACAGAGCCUCGAGCUGCUAGGAGUGAAUGAAGAAAUCGUUCACGAAGUCCUCAAGGCUUUUGAUUCUGGCAAGUUCCAACUCACCGAAGAUUGGAAUCCUUUGGAGGCACCACCAAACGGUCCAAAUUAUGAUACGGUGCAGUCCGAGGAACAGGUUGAGGACAUGGCCCCACGAGAUGCUCUGCAGGCACUACGGAAUCCGGCAGGAGACGACGAUGUAGAAAGUGAAGUCUCUUUCGGCAACAACGAAGACGAUGCCGAGGGUAGUCAAAAUAUGCUUGACCUGCUGUAUCAUAUUGCCGGAGAGCAGGCACGGAGAGAGGGCUUCAUACACCGCGGUGUCGAGUGCAACAACUGCGGCACGCAUCCCAUACAGGGCAUCCGUUACCAUUGUGCGAAUUGCUUCGACUUCGACCUGUGCGAGAGCUGCGAAGCUGGUUCCGCCCAUACCAGCAGCCAUGUUUUCUUCAAAAUCCGUAUCCCUGCGCCGUCAAGAGGAGACAUCAAGCAAGUGAUGCCACCGUGGUACCCAGGAGACCCAAAUGCGUUUCCUACUUCCCUUCCCAAAAAUGUCUCGAAACCCCUCCUAGAGCAGACAAAGAUGGAUCGUACGGAGAUGGACGCACUCUACGAGCAGUUCAAGUGCCUCGCAGGACGCUUCUGGCCUGCGGACCCGACCGGACUCGGGUAUGCCAUCGACCGGAAAGGUUUUGAUUCCUACUUCAUUCCUUCUUCUGCCGAGAGGCCCUCCGCCGCGAAUCUAAUCUAUGAUCGUAUCUUUGCAUUCUAUGAUACUGACCAUAACGAGCUCAUCGGGUUCGAUGAAUACAUUCAAGGCCUAGCCCGCCUCCAGAAGAAGUCACGCUACGCUAGAUUGGAACGUAUUUUCGAGGGUUAUGACCUGGAUGCGGAUGGCUACGUGGACAGAAAGGAUUUUCUCCGAAUGUUUCGCGCAUAUUACGCCUUGAGCAAAGAGCUGAGUCGCGAAAUGUUCAACGCCCAAAAAGACUACGGCCUCAACGAGGAGGAAGAGCAUGAGGUGGUUCAUGGCAGCCGCCCGAUCAGUGCUGCUUUUGGUGGUAGCACUCUCAAUGGCCAUGCUUCGAGAGCCGGGCAAGACAAAGAGCGAAGACCAACCGGUGAUCUUGAGCUGGCCAACGGGUCCAGUGGUGUUCUUCAGCUUGAGAGUGGGAUGCAAGGGGAUCGUUUCCGUGCCAUCGGAAACCUUGCAAUUGGCAAUCGGACCAGAAGUCAUCCCUUUAGGUCCUUCAGGUCUAACCAGCCAGAAGAUGAGCCUGUCAUGUUGCUUCCAGGUGACGAAAACUUCAUCCGCUCUGGCAUGGAGGAUGUGGAUGAAACCUCUGAAGCGGAGCUUACUGGUCCAGACCCACCGUUACAGACUUACAGCUGGCCACCGCCCUUGACGCCGACCGUGGAAGACAUCAUCACAGCAUUAGGGCACGAAGUAGCACUAGAAGAAAUCACCGAUCCUAUCGACAGGACAAGAGUGAUCUAUGCCCAAUCUGAACGUCUUGAUGACGAAGCCGACCGCACAGAACAAGUUAGACGUGCGGAAGCUGUUCGAGAUCGAUGGCGACGCAGACAGUUCUAUUUAGAUGAGGAGGAAGGAAUGUCAAAGCCUCCUGGGUACGCUGAACCAGACAGCUCUGAUGAAGAAGGCCUACCGUCGGCCCUUAAGAAAAGCAGCGGCGAAGGCUCGGCAAGUCCCAGGAGACCAUCUGUUCGAUCUCGGUCGUCUUCCAAGGUGCGCUUCGAUGAUAGUGCCAUCGAUACAGACUACGAAACACGAUCGAACGCCUCCUCCAGGAGUAUUCCCGUCAAUGAGCGAUGGGGUGGUUAUGAGCUUGGGCAAGCUGAAGCAGACAUUGGCAAAGAUAUCCUCUAUCAGGCUGUGCAGCAAGGGUUCAACGAGCUGCUGGAUCCACUGUUCAAGGAGAAAGAAGAUGAAUGGUUGGAAGUUAUUCGCACAAGAGCGAAUCGCCAUGAAUUCAAAAAGGAGAGGGAUGAGUACAAGAAGGCGCUCUUGGCCGCUGAUGCACGAUUGGACGAGGCUCUGCAAGAGGCUGAUCAACUCCGAACGGAAGAGCUAUUCAAGGAGGCUACUGCGGCGAGACCUGAUGAGGACAAAAAUGACACAACGAGACCUGAAUCGAGCGUGGUGCCUGAGAUGCACACAACUGCUGUGCACGACCCUGAUGAUCAUAUAGAGUUGAUGUUUGGGAAUCGUUUACCGAAGCCACACCGCACGCCAAAUGACUCAGACCAGGAGUCUCGAUCGGAAGUGUCCUAUCACGACCCUACACUGCCACAAUUCCGGCCCAGCUUCGAGGGUCGGCAGUCUUCUCCCGCGGUGAAGCCAAGGAUUAAUCCUCUUGCCGGCGAUCCUGUUCGAGCAAGGGCACUGUACGACCUCUGGCGCCGGCAUGAUGAGAUCGAUGCUGAAGCAGAUGAGCGAGGCGGACCUGCAAAACUCAGCUUUGAAGAGUUGAGACGAAAGAUGGUUCCUGAGGAUGCCAUAGGCAAUGCCCUAGGUGCAAAGGGCAAGUCUACGGGCGAUGAGGACCCAGAAGGCUGGGAAAGUAGUGCUGAUCUUGGAAGACUGGCGUUCAUCGGCACAUGGUUGGAAAUGGCGAGUUUCUAG